AUGUCCUUUUCCUCAACUCCUCUAGGCCAAGGACGACGAUUAGAUCACAGCACUUUUCUCGGCAAGAAUCUACAUCAGCACAGAAGCGCGCCGAAGAUCAUCACCUCUCCGCCUCGCAGCCCAGAAAAGCUACACAACACCACAGUAAACGUCGCAUCAGCCUUCCAGCAGGCCGCACUCCAGAGCGAAGCAAUGAACCCGAACGACUCUUGGGCGUCGGGAGCGUCGGCUUCGUACCGAAACGUACCAAGAAGCACCAGCGUAGACUACGAGAAGGAGACCCAGAAUACAAGCGCACGCCGACUAGCUGCACCCCCGAGGCGCAAUAAUGCAUUGCCAUCUCGUGCCACGAAACCCCUCUCCAAAUCAGGUUCCAUAAAUUCCAACAUCGUACCGGACUCACAACUUGACGAAGAACCCAGUCAACUCGAGAACCGAUCAUAUCAGCGGGGGAAGAGCCCUAUGGUGGAUGCCAUCAAUGGGGUCUACCAGAAGGUUUCCUUUUAUAUGCGCGCUCGCUCUAACGAACCAGAUAAUUCCCUCGAUCACUCCGGGAACGGGCCCCAGGAGGAUGCAAGUUACAGCUACGACCAGGAGGAACAACAAUUCCAGGCCUCGCAACCCACAAACGCUCGCAAAUUGAACUCACACAGAAGACGAAAUAUCUCCGUCGACAACAAGGCAUACAAACCCAGUCAAUCGGAUCUAGAACAGUCCGAUUCAGACUUCGAGGAUGACGGUCGUAAGCGGCGGAAGAAAGCGAAGAAGGGAGGGCCUCACGGAGGACCCUUAAACAGCCUCCCCGUUACUCAAUACGACAAACGGAAGCGAAGAAAAUCAAAGGGAGGCAAAGGUGGCACCGAGGCCGAAGGAGAGGGUAGUGCAGGCGAAGAGAUGGACGACGAAGCGUCGCAAUCCAAUUCUUCACAUCGCACGUCUCAACCGCCGCGGGCGGCGGAAGAAGACUCUAUUGACUAUGCCGAACAAGGGCUUAAAUCUAUUCCUGAAGACGAAGAAGAUGACGAUCCUCAGGAAGCGAAUUCCACCGAUGUCCCGAAAUCCCCUUCCACCGAUCCCGUAUCCCCUCAAUCCCAAUCCCGACACGCAAAUUCGCGAUCCAAGACACCCCAACCUCGGCAAGCACCUCCAUCCUCGACGUUUUCCAUCGGCGCCCUUUGCGGUAGGGGAGUAAACCGGCUCAUUCACUACGCGCAUUCGAUAUUCUUCCUCGGGGGUCAACUACUUGGACUGAUCGUCAGGGCCUUCCUUACGAAUGGACCUAUCAGAUAUGUCUCCCUCGGUCUCGCUAUGUGCGCCGUCUGGUACAUAUUGGGUUCGCCAACAACCAGCCUGCAGCAUUAUAUCCUGGGUUGGGGCACAUCGAGUGUCGCAUCUCCUCCUCCGACGGCACCUCCCGCUGACUUCGCAGAGAUUUCAGCUCGGCUGCAAGCAAUAGAGUCUACGGUCUUCGCGCUUUCGACGUCACAGGAUCGAGUGCGUGUCGAUUUGGUCUCCGAAAUCAAGUCACGCGACUCCCUCAACGACGAGAUCAAGAAGGUCUUUGGCGAUGUUGGAAGAGUCAACACUGAGGUCGGCAAACUCAAGUCCCAGAUCGGCACAAUGGACGGGCGGCUGGGUACCGUAGACGGCAGCGUCGGAACAUUGAGCGUGCAGAUUGGGAGUUUAGGGGGCGAUUUGAGCAAGCUUGGGCGGCAGAUUGGGUCACUGAGUGGGCAGAUUUCGACUUUGGAAGGGCGGGUCGAAGCAGGUGGUAGCAAGGGCAAGGACGGUGUCAGUGUGGAUUCUGGUGCCUUAGCUAAUCUGAAGAAGGAAAUUGGCUCUGUCAGUGAGCGGCUGGUCGCCUUCAGCAGUGUUGUGGACAGGCUGGAUGGCCUGCGUAAAGAGUGGGAAUCCGAGCGCAGUAAGAAAGACAGGGAAAAGGAAAAGACCGGGAAUGAAUCUCGUGUGCGCUUGCAAACGCUCGAGGACCGCAUGGAUACUAUCGCAAAGAGCGUCGAUGAGGCAUUGGACCUUGGUCGUCAAUCCCAUGGCGAGACCAAACCCUGGUGGGCCAGCCUCCCGGGCAAGAAGACGGAUUCCUCGAUUGUCAUCAAGACCACCGAUGGACAGGAUAUAUCUUCCCUCCUUUCCGACCUCGUCAGCUCCACCGUCAUUGGGUACUUCGCGAAGGAUAUCCUAGGCAAGCCGGACUAUGCUCUGUAUUCUGGUGGCGCGCGCGUCAUCCCCUCCCUCACUUCCCCCACCUACGAAAUCAAGCCAUCUACCCUCCGAGGAUCCGUCGUUGGAAUGAUUACUGGUCAAGGAUACGCUUCGGGUCGCCCCCCUGUCACUGGCCUUCACCCCGAAACUCAUAAUGGACAUUGCUGGCCAUUUGCUGGAACACACGGACAGCUUGGCGUCGCACUGGGUGCUCCCGUUUUCGUCAAUGAAAUUGUCAUCGAACACGUACCAGGAGAUGUAGCAUUCGAUUUGCGAAGUGCACCCCGAGAUAUGGAGGUUUGGGGAGUGGUUGAGGGGAUGGAUAACCUGAAACGUUUGGUUGCGUGGAGAGAGGAGCAGAGGCAGCUCAAAGAGACGGAGGGAGAGCAACAGGAACAAGAGCCAUACCCACCAACACUACCUUCCCAUCCACCCUACAUCCGCCUGGCUAAGUUCUCGUACGACGUUCGCGCCCGCAACCACAUCCAGGUUUUCCCAGUGUUGCCUGAAAUUAAGGCACUGGGCAUCGACUUCGGUGUCGUGGUCCUCAUGGUGAAGAACAACUGGGGUAUGGACGACUAUACAUGCAUAUACCGCAUGCGUGUGCACGGCGACCGCCUCGGCGAAGUGCCUCCAUUAUAUGACUCAAGACUCCCAGAAUCCUCCGAGUCAUAG